AUGAUGGUGGAAGUGCUGUGUGGCAUCAUGGCUGGAUCAUCGUUCGGAAAAUCGAUUCGAAAAUGGCAGACAACUGAAGAGACAGCCAAUUUGGGACAAUGCUUCGUCGCAAUUGAUCCAGAAUGCUUUGCGCCGGGAUUCAGUGAACGGCUCAGUUGUUUUCUGGAUGAGACAAGGGAUCUCAAACCGGUUGAUCCGUCUUAUCCCGUGCAGGUAGCAGGCGAUCCUGAACGAGCUCACAUGUACAUGUGCGACGAACUCGAUGGAAUCGUCUACAAGAAAAGUCAACUUGAACAUUUGGAGAAGUUGGCAAACGAUCUCGGUGUGCAAAUGUUCAACGCGAAAAAAAUGAGCUUGUCCGUGGAGGCCGACGGUCAAAGCAGAGUUGGGCUACAAACAAAUCAUAUGCAACAUUAUUUUCUUUUGUUGACAAUUCAAAAUCGAAGCAAUAAAGGUGUCAUUACAAAUCGCUGA